GCAAGUCCAUAGGAAGAAGAGCGCAGUGCCGUAACGACCGCCGCCGGACGCGUGUGCGACUUUGGCGCGAGAACUUUUGAUUUCGAUUGUUUUCGUUUACGGACCCGUGUUCAGAUCUAAUUUUCUCGAAUUCCGUUUUAUUUAGUCCGUAGACGCCGUAGUAGAUAUAUUAAGUUUUACUCGUACUUUUCAUCUUUUGCGCGUCCCUGGCGAUCCGUCGCGGACGACCAGCGGCGGCGUGUGCCCCCGUGGGGCUGGUUCGGAUACCCUCAUACAGAUUUCACUGGAGACGAAAGCAAACUGCAACUGCAAUAGUGACAGCGGUCGCGGUUGUAGUUAAAGUAACUGUUAACCGGCGAAAACAGUUGUGGAGGAGGUGGUGGUGGCGGUGGUGGCGGAGGAGGAGGAGGAGCCAUGCGAAAACCAAAGGGUCCGAGAAACAGUUACAACGAGUUUAAAUAAAUGUCACUGUUCUCGCAAAACAUAUGUGUGUAUAUGUGUCACAUCCCGUGCUUGUUGAGUCAACGGUGGCUGUAGUGGUAGCAGUCAUAGUGUCACCGAAGAAACGUCAUAAUUUAACUGUUCUCGAGAGGAAUAAACGUGGAAAAUUGACACUGUCGACCGAGUAAAUAUCAAUGGGGUGGAAGAUUGGCGUGUGGAUGAUACAGUCCACGGUCGAGGUGCAUCUGGGUUCCAUUGCAGACAUGAAAACGCCAUGUUAAGGUUUGUCGGACGUAGUGGUAUGACCACCGCGGUAAUCGGAGUUCGGUCGAGGGUGACGUUAAACGGUGGCUGCAGUGGUUUCGUUCUGUUCAGGUUAACAUGGUAGGUGGUCAUCAGCCGCAAUCGACGGGAGGCGCCAGCUGCACGGGCACUAUGAUGAACAUACUGAACAUAGACGCCGAGAACCGGGUGGUGCUGAACGUCGGCGGCAUCAGGCACGAGACCUACAAAGCGACCCUGAAGAAAAUACCCGCCACGAGAUUGAGCCGGCUGACCGAGGCGCUGGCCAACUACGACCCGGUGCUAAACGAAUACUUCUUCGACAGACAUCCGGGCGUGUUUGCUCAGGUCCUCAACUAUUACAGGACGGGUAAACUUCAUUACCCGACGGAUGUUUGCGGGCCGUUGUUCGAAGAGGAAUUGGAAUUUUGGGGUCUGGACGCGAAUCAAGUAGAACCCUGUUGCUGGAUGACCUACACUCAGCACAGAGAUACGCAAGAAACACUCGCAGUUUUGGAUCGACUAGACUUGGAUACGGAAAAGCCUAGUGAUGAAGAGAUGGCUCGGAAAUUCGGUUUCGAGGAGGCGUUCUUUCAGGGUAGACUCACCUGGUGGCAGCGUUUCAAGCCCCAGCUGUGGUCCAUGUUCGACGAACCGUAUUCGUCGAACGCUGCCAAGAUCAUCGGCAUCGUGUCCGUGUUCUUCAUAUGCGUGUCGAUCCUGUCGUUUUGCCUGAAAACGCACCCGAACAUGCGGGUGCCCAUCAUCAAGAACAUCACGGUGAACACGUCGCACAACACGACCGCCUGGGUGUUGGACAAGACGCAGACGAACGCGCACGAGGCGUUCUUCUACAUCGAGUGCGUGUGCAACGCGUGGUUCACGUUCGAGAUACUGGUGCGGUUCAUCGCGUCGCCGAACAAGUGCGAGUUCGUGAAGGCGUCGGUGAACAUCAUCGACUACAUCGCCACGCUGUCGUUCUACAUCGACCUGAUACUGCAGAAGUUCGCGUCCCAUCUGGAGAACGCCGACAUACUCGAGUUCUUCUCCAUCAUCCGGAUCAUGAGGCUGUUCAAGCUCACCCGCCACUCGUCCGGGCUCAAGAUACUGAUGCAGACGUUCCGGGCGUCCGCCAAGGAGCUGACCCUGCUCGUGUUCUUCCUGGUGCUGGGCAUCGUGAUAUUCGCCAGCCUGGUGUACUACGCGGAGCGCAUCCAGGCCAACCCGCACAACGACUUCAACAGCAUACCGCUGGGCCUGUGGUGGGCCCUGGUCACCAUGACCACCGUCGGUUACGGUGACAUGGCGCCCAAAACGUACGUGGGCAUGUUCGUCGGCGCGCUGUGCGCCCUGGCCGGCGUGCUCACCAUCGCCCUGCCCGUGCCCGUCAUCGUUUCCAACUUUGCCAUGUACUACUCGCACACGCAGGCCCGGGCCAAGCUGCCCAAGAAGCGCCGCCGGGUGCUGCCGGUCGAACAGCCCCGCGGGCCCAGGCUGCCGGGCCAGGGCCCGCCGAACCAGCAACAGCUCAACCAGCCCGGAUGCGGCCCGGGCGGCGGUAUGGGCGUCGGCGGAGGCGGCGGCGGCGGUGGCCACGGCCCGUGCGCCGGCGUCGGCGGCCUGCCGCCAAACGUGGCCGGAGCGCCGGUCAACACGACGGGCGUGCCGGCCGUCAACCGGCGGAUGAACGCCAUCAAGAGCAAUCAUCCCAAAGACGGGGCGGGACCCAAAGUCGUCGGCGUCGCGAUGACGUUGAACCCGAACGGCGUGGGAGUUAAAGCUGAACCGGUGAUGUCCACUGGUGUCGGCGGCGUCGGCGGUCCGAGGAAACAGUCGGCCACGAAGACGUGAAUGGCUACGGCGGAUCGCCGUGGCAGUGGAACGUUUAUUCUAAAAUACGAGUGAAAAUCAAGGAUCAAAAUCGUUUAUUAUUUUUUUCGUUUUUAAGUUUCGUCGUUUUCUCUCGAGAAAACAAUAAUAAUAUACACUCUCGUUAUGAUAUAUAAUAUAUUAUAAUAUAAUGUAAUUUGUAUUCCGAGUAUUAUUAUUACUAUAUGACGGCAGUAGGUAUAUUUAUUUAUAAUAAUAUAUAGCGUUAUAAUAUUAUUAUUGUUAUUAUUAUUAUUAUUAUUAUUAACGUUAGAGAGACUCCAGUCCUAUAUAAUAAUAUGAUGUACAAAUUUAUCUUUUAAUACUAUAAAACUGCACGCACACACAAAAAAACGACCAAAACACGACCAAGUAAUGUGUAUGCAUUAAGUUCUGACCAAAGAUCCACGACGUUCGAAGGUACCUACACAGGCAGCAGCCACUAAUUAGUAUAAUAAUAUUGUAUUUACGCCCCCCCCCCUCUCACCGUCAUCGUUAAUAUAAUAAUAUUAUAAUACAGCCUUCCGUUGCUAAUGUAUUCGCAUCCAGUAACACGUGAUGUAAAUAUAUUGUUUUUGUUUAAUUUUUUUUUUUUUUUUAAGCAACAUUUCGUUUUCGUUAACGGUUUUCUCAUAUUGUUAAAAAUAAACGAUCGAACAAAUCGUCAUCACUCCCACCAAAAACCAUGGUCAUUUGGCUGUAUAUAAUAUUAUAAUACAUACGGAUUACGGGGUAAUUUAUUUUUUUAACGUGAGACACUCAUAUAAAACGUCACAAUAUUAACUAUGUAUUGUAAUAAUAUAUUAUAAAUGGUUUUAAGUGACCGUACAAGUUAUGGUAUUAAUACGUUUGAAAUGCAAUUUAUGCAAAAAAUUAUUUUUUUUUUUUUUAUCUUACCUAUAAUUCAUAUACAUAAUUUUAUAUUAUAUUAUUUAGUAUAUUAUAGAUUUCAUUAGUUUUUAUACUUUUUUAAAAUUUAGCAGCUAUUUCUCGCUAGUCUUGCACACUCGUCUAUAAAUUAGCAUCUAAACUGUAUAAACAAUAAACUAUUGGUCCAAGUAUAGGUAAUUGUAAUUUUGUAUAUUAUAUAAAUAUUAUUAUAAAUGAUGUAUUCUCUGACAAAAGAAUUAUAUUCUUAAAGAGCAUACAAAUAAAUAGGUUAAUAUAUUAUAACAUAAUCUACUUUUAAUCAAAAGCUAUUUUUCACAGUGUCUUGCGUUACAAAAAUUCACCUCGUACAUGUAUUUAUAUAUUGUGAUAUUAGAUAGCUAAAUAUUCAUGGCAAACAUGUCUUUAAUUAUAGUUGAAACGGACUUAUAUAUAUAAUAUUGGCCAUAAUCGGCGGUGGAUUGACCUCUGUACCCAAGUGAAUAUUAUUAUAUACGUAUGUACCUACUAAAAAUAUUAUGUGUAUAAUGUAAAAUGUUAUUAUUAUGCGUGUCGUUGAAUACGAAACAGCUGAACAAACCAAUAAUAAUAAUAAUAGUUUCUUUUUUUUUGUUGAUUGAAAAUAUCCUUAUUGUGGGAUUUGUACGGUUUUACAGAGAAAAAUUUGCUCACUUUUAAAAAAAUAAUAAUAAAAUAUAAAAUAAAUAAUAGACUAUAUUAUAUAAUUAUAUAUAAAAUGUGUUGCACAGAAUUAUUUUGUUUCUAUUCAACAACUGCGUUACAACACGUUAUUAUUAUUAUUAUUAUUAUUAUCAAUAAUAUUAUUCGGCAAAAAAAACAUUAAAAAAAAAACAUUGAUGAUUAUUUAUAUAUAUAUAUUAUACUUAUAUAAUUUAUUAAAUUUUUUAUGUACAUAAUAAUUACUCUAGUAGAUCAUUUAUGCGUAGCAGUAUCAUCUACGAUCAUUUUUUGAAUGCACCAAGAAUAAUUAGACAAAAAUAAUAAUUUGCUUCGAUAAACAAUACAAAUUCAUAUUCUCAUUUAUAUAUUAUAUAUAUAAUAAUGUCGUUCUUAAAAUGUUUAUGAAAAAUUAUAUCAUAUGUAUUAAACGUUACACUUAAAUAUUGUAUUUAAAAACAUUUUAUACUCGUUUAGAACUAAAUUUAUUAUUAUAAUUAAACAUGAACAUGUUAUUAUACGAUAAUUCUAUUAUCUAUUUAUAAUCAAAUUAUUAUGUUUUAUAGUUAAAUUCUGUUUCUGUCCACGAAUACUUUUUUUCUUGUAUAUUAUUUUUUUUUCUUUAUGUUAAUUGUAUAAGUUAUGAUUAUAUUAUUAUGUUUUGACAUUCAUUUUACGUUCCCUGGUUGUGAUUUUUAAGGUUGUUUUUAUGUUAUUUCUUUAUAAAGUUUUAUUACAUCAUUGUCGUUCAAAC